ACAGGGCGUACUACUUUCUCUCAGAUACGGCAUGAGAUGACCAGUAAGGGGGAGUCUAUUGAUAAGAUGAAUGUUUGGCUUAUGACACGUAGAGUAGAUGACCCAGAGGUUAUCCAGACCUUGGAUGAGUUUAAUCGUCAACUCUCUAUGCUACCUGAGGAUGGUCAGACUUUGAAGGCUAGGAAUGCCAUUUUCCAUGAGUUGAUAGGUCAUGACGGACAUGGAUAUUGUCGCACAUACGAGAGAAUUGUGCCUCGGAGAGCGGUGUAUAAAGAUGGUGCUGGGCCAUCACAGUCAACACCUCAGCCAUCGACUAUUGAUCAGAUCACGCAGCAGGUUCGUGCAGAGCUAAUGGAUGAGUUAAGGGAGGAGCUGCGAGCAGAGUUCUCUACACAUUUACAACAGAUGAGAGUUGAGAUGAUGGCCCUUGUGUCACAGGGGGCGAGUGUGGAUCCCAACAGACAGGUUCCAUAUAAAUUAAAUUGUUUGAUAGUUCAAUUUUCACUGAAGAUUAUGUAUAAAAUUCAAAUAUGAUUAAGACAUUAUGCAUUGACUAACAUAGGUUCCUGAUACAUCGAGUGGCCACCGGGCAUUUAGGGAAUCUGCAGAAGACGAGAAUCCAUAUACACCACCACAA